AUGCACUUCCAAUCGCGUGUAUCCACAGCCACCGUGCACGAACUCCUCUUCGCGGACGACUGCGCCCUGAACACCACCUCGGAAGAGGAGAUGCAACGCAGCAUGGAUCUAUUCUCCGCCGCCUGCGAGAACUUUGGGCUGGUUAUCAACACGCAGAAGACGGUGGUGAUGCAUCAGCCGUCUCCCAACUCAGCCACAGCCCCCAACGCGCCGCACAUCAACGUGAAUGGGACUCAACUUCAAGUGGUAGAGAACUUCCCGUACCUGGGCAGCACGCUCUCCCGCAACACCAAGAUCGACGACGAAGUCGCCAACAGGAUCUCGAAAGCCAGUCAAGCCUUCGGACGCCUCCAAAGCACAGUUUGGAAUCCUCAUGGUCUCCAACUGAGCACAAAGCUGAAGAUGAUCAGGGCCGUCAUCCUGCCGACGCUACUGUACGGAGCGGAGACCUGGACGGUGUACACGAGGCAGACACGUCGACAAAACCACUUCCACCUCAGCUGUCUCCGCCGCAUCCUGAGGCUGAACUGGCAGGACCGCAUCCCCGACAUCGAAGUGCUGGAACGGACGGGAAUUCUGAGCAUCUACUCCAUGUUGAGACAAAUGCAGCUGCGCUGGAGCGGCCAUCUGGUGCGCAUGGACGACGAGCGACUACCCAAACGACUCUUCUACGGAGACGUCGCGACGGGUUCUCGUCGUCAAGGAGGCCAAAUUCGCCGUUACAAGGAUACUCUGAAGUCCUCCUUGAAGCGCCUGCACAUCAACCCGACCAACUGGGAAGAGCUCGCUCGCGAUCGUCCGACAUGGAGGAGAACAGUGAAGACGGGCGCUGCUAUCUACGAAGCCAACCGCAUCGCCGCCGCCAAAGUGAAACGCGAAGCCCGCAAAUCACAACUUCGCUCAAUACGCAACGCCGCCGCACAACCGCUCCCUACGUGUCCUCGAUGUCAACGGACAUUCCGGGCACGAAUCGGACUUGUUCGACAUCUCCGAACCAACUGCACCUCUCGAACUGCCCCAGCCAUCGUCCCCCCGUCCGCCUCUUCCUCCCUCUCUCUGCCGCCAACUAACUCUGACACUCCUUCUGCACCACCACUCCCAUCCUCCUCCACUGCCCCAGAGGCGGCCGUUCAGACUGCCGUCUCAAACAUCACCAACCCAAACACAACAACCGACAUCACCACCCACACCUCUCCCGAUUCCAGUGAUGAGGAUCAGGACUACACCUGCCCUCACUGCGACCGCACCUUCACCUCACACAUCGGCCUGGUCGGUCCUUUGCGAAUCCAUCGCACAGAGACUGGCGAACCAGUGCCUGGAGCACCAACCUACACCCACCGCACUCGCCUACACUGCCCACAAUGCCCUCGCACCUUCACUCAUCGCAUGGGUCUAUUCGGCCACAUGCGCAUCCACGAGAGCGGAAUUGACCGCAGCCUUGACACACCCACCCCGCGGAGCCUCACUCCCAAUCCACCACCCUGCGCACCCACUAACCACUCCCCAGCCGACAUCGACGCCACCGACCUUACCACCCCUCACUCCUUUCCUUCCUCCUCCUCUUCCUUCAUCACUGCCACAACGACGGCCACUCCGGCGUCUGCAGCGCAUGACUUCACCACAGCCGCACCUGAGACAACAACAGGCACAAGCCCUGCAACCUCCAUCAUCAGACGUGAGGGCCAGGGCUACAUCUGCCCUCACUGCGAUCGCACCUUCACUUCACGCAUCGGCCUGGUCGGUCACUUGCGAAUCCAUCGCACAGAGCCCGGCGAACCAAUGCCUGGAGCACCAACCUACACCCACCGCACUCGCCUACACUGCCCACAAUGCCCUCGCACCUUCACUCAUCGCAUGGGUCUAUUCGGCCACAUGCGCAUCCACGAGAGCGGAAUUGGCCACAAUUCCGAUGCAGCCACGACAUCCAACACAUCCACCACGCCCAGACCCAUCCUCGCUCCACCUUUCACACGCGCCGACCACCACCACCAACACCACUGCUUCCUCUACAGCUGA